AUGGCGUCUGUAACAAACGAUCUCGGUGAGGAGAUCCAGCCCGCCUACCGAGGCAACCUUUCCGCCUCGCAGCAGAAGGACGUCCGAGAGAUGUGGAGACGUCUUUUCGAGCUCUUUGAAAAGAACAAGGAUGUCUCGGACCGUGUAAUGCGCCAAGGUGGCCCUACCAAGGUCCCCAAAGGCGCCGCCGCCACUCCCAAAAACGAAAAGGACGCCGGCAAGGACAUCCCCAAGGAUGACAAGGCCAAAGAAGAGGCCAGGAAGGCCGAAGAGAUGAAAGAGAUGAACGAGUUUAUCGACAAGUACGGUGGACCCAUCUUGCGACAAACCAUGUGGGAAUUCACCAAGAUGGAUCACCCCGAUACCUCGGUUCUUCGUUUCCUUCGUGCUCGUAAGUGGGACAUUGACCGUGCACUUGCCAUGUUGGCAGCUGCCUGCAAGUUUCGUCUCGAAAAGGACGUUAGCGGUAUCAUCUACAAGGGUGAAGACGGUCUCAAGGAUGUCCCCGGUUUUAUGAACCAGAUGCGUCGUGGUAUCUCGUACAUCAUGGGCUCCACCGACAAGAUGGAGAACCCCAUCUACUUUAUCCACGUCGCUCGCCACUUUACCAGUGCACAGAAGCACGAAGUUCUUCAGGACUACGUCUUGCUUGCCAUGGAGAACGCUCGUAUGAUCACCACGGCUCCUUACGAGAAGGCCGUCGUCAUCUUCGACAUGGCUGGUUUCGGUCUGAAGAACAUGGACUGGCAGUGUGUUCUCUUCCUCGUCAAGUGUCUCGAAGCUUACUACCCCGAAUCGCUUCAGCGUAUCUACGUCCACGGUGCUCCUUGGAUCUUCAAGGGUAUCUGGCAAGUUUUGCAGCCCAUGCUUGACCCUGUCGUUCGUGACAAGAUCAAGUUCUCCAGUAAAGCCCAGGAUCUCGCCGAACUCGUCCCCGCUUCCAAGAUUCGGAAGGGUAUGGGAGGUACUAUGGACUGGGACUGGGACUACAUUGAGCCUCAGGCUGGCGAGAACGAUGUCAUGAAGGACACCAAGUCUCGCUCCAAGAUCGAGGCCGAAAUGAAGCAGCUCACCGACGAGUUCGAGAGACUCACUUGCGAAUGGUUCGAGACCACCCGCAGCGAUGACGAGAACCCUGAUCUCGCUUACCGCCGCGAAGUGCUCUCCAAGCAGAUUCGUCUCAAGCACUACCAGAUCUUGCCCUUCGUUCGAGCUAAGAACAUCUACCAGCGUGCCGGUAUCAUCACCUACGACGGUACCAUUACCUGGAAGUACCCUCAGACCAACGGCAAGACCAUCACUCAAGUCGUCAACGACCGUCACAACUACGGCUCCCUCAUCAAGUGGCUCCAGGAACACAACGAGGACACGCUCGAGAGCUCCUUCGGUCACAAGAAGCUUGUCGAGCUCUGUGAUGACGGCACCAUCAAGGAGUCUUACGGUGGCGGCGCAAAGGGCCGCAAACCGAGCGAUGCUGCUUCCGUAAAGUCCGGCAAAAAGUCCAAGAAGGGUGAAGCCGCCGCUGCUGCCGCGGGUGCUGGUGCUGGUGCUGCAGGCGUUAAGAGGUCCAAGAGCAAGAAAAAGCAGCCUGAACCCGAACCUGAAACCGAGCAAUCCGAUCAAGAUGGUUUCGAGGACCCCGAGUCCGAGCCAGAGCCUGAGCCUGCUGCGCGUGCCAGGCGCUCUCCUUCGGCCAACAAGUCGCUCAACCGCAAGCCUAGCAGAGCUGCUAAGCCUGAACCCCAACCCCAACCCCAACCCGAGCACGAUGACGACGACGAUGACCAGCAGCAGCCUCAGAGCUACACCGGUGCUGCUGUCGGUGCCGUUGCUGGUGUCGCUGCUGGUGCCGCAGGUGCUGCCGCUGCUGGCUUCAACUACAUCCGUGGUGCUAACAAGAACAAUGGUGACGCUGCCAACGAUGCUGUUCAGAACCGCCACCACGACGAGCAAGACGACGAGGAGGAUGACCAAGAGGAGGAUGACCAAGAGGAGGAUGACCAAGAGGACCACGGCGUCGCCCGCCCUGGCCAGCGUCAGCAGGCACCUCGCACCGUUGACCACUACCCCGAUGAGGAUGACGAGUUCGACGAGGAGAGCCCCAUCGAUGACCAGAUGUCGGCUUACUCUGACGAAUCCAUCACUCCCGAGACCGCUGUCCGACCCGACUACAUGCAGCAGAAGAUCAGCACUUCCGACUGCAAGAUCGACGACAACGACUGCCGUGAGGAUCUUGCAGCUGUCCGCGAAGCCAUGGCUCUCUUCCUCAACUCUCGCAUGCGCGAAGCCGAAGAGAUCUGCAUGAACGGUGCCGGUACUCGUCUCUACAAGGCCGAAGGUAUGGCCCUUAUCAACUCGGUCAAGUCGAUCAUGACUUUCGAGCCUGCCGACUUUGAGACGGCCAUCAUGUGCUGUCAGCACUCGAUGAAGAUCGCUGGCUUCCUCCGCAAGAAGCAGGGUACCAUUGGCAAGUUGAUUGGUGGCGGCAAGAUGGGCAACUACCGUUCCAUGAGUCUUGUUCAGCUUCAUGCCGAGUUGGUUCAUUCGGAGUCGCAGCUGCUCAAAUCCGUGCUGGGUAUCUUCUACUCGGGUGACAGCAUCGGGUUUGUGAAGCAGGCGUUCAGCUUGCGUGCUGCUUACUUCCAGGUUCGUGAGCUUUUCAAGUUUGUCGAGGCUGUUGAUGCUGAGGCUGAAGAGGCCGAGGUUUCGGGCAAGCGUUGCCAGACGGUUCACUUGGACCAGGACUUCCGAUCGGGCGUUUACCUCGGUAACGCUAUCUGCUCGAUGGUUCUAUCCAUGCUGCCUACCAAGACGCUCAAGAUAAUGGAAGGAUUUGGAUUCGUUGGUGACCGCAAGUUCUCGCUCGACCUGUUCGCUCGUGCUGGUGGAUGGAGCAAGAGCAAGCCUCUUCCCACCAUCUCGGCUGAUGAGGAAGGUGUUCGUCGACCCUUGUGCGACAUUGCCAUUCUCAUGUACCACCUUUGGAUCUCGAGCUACAUCCCCGUCACUGAGCUCGAUUUCGAAUUUGCCGACAAGAUCCUCUCAUGGAACUUGGUCCGUUUCCCUAACGGUAUCUUCUACCUCUUCUGGUCUGCUCGACUCUACGCCGCCCAGGCUUUGCCCGAGAAGGCAAUCGAGUACUACCGGAAUGCGAUUGAGUCGCAGCGCGAGUUCAAACAGUUGCACCACUUGUGUUUCUGGGAUCUCUCGCUCACCUACCUCUGCACCUGCGAUUUCGCCCGUGCUUACGAGUGCUACGAUGUUCUUUCGCGCGAAUCCAACUGGUCCAAAGCCAUCUAUCAGUACGCCAAAGCCGUCAUGCUCUACGAGACGGGUAUGGAUGACCGAGCCAAGAGUGCCACCAUCAUGCGCACGGUUGGUAAGCUGACCAAAAGGGUAGCAGGUCGACAGAUUUCCUUUGAGCGAUUCGUCGCAUUAAAGGCUAAGAAGUACAUUGCUCAGCAGAACCGACUUGCUUUGCCAGGACUCGAGUUUUCGUACUUGUGGCACUGUAUCGGUCAGACGCCAGUGUUCUUGUUGGUGGAGAACACACUGACGCGUAUCGAUGAGUUUAUCGACGAACUCGAAUCCUACCACAAUCCCAAGUCGUACGGUACAGGAGAGAACGAGUACUGGUCGGCUUACUGUUUGGCUUUCUUCCUCCGGGGUGUUGCUCUUCGCUUUGUUGCUUACCCCGAGCCUCAGACUUUGGUUCGUUUGCCAGCCGAAGACACCGUUGGACCGAUCGAAGAGAUUCAAGCCGACGCAAUUCAGUCGUUCAACAAAGUCUUUGAGCACGGUCAGAAACUGGAUGAGAUCGACCGAUACCUCGUUUACUUUGCUCACUACGAACUCGGCCGUCUGCGCAGCUGCAUGGGUCAGGAUGAAGCUGCCAAGCUCGAAUUCCGUAAAGUGCUUAGCGGCAAACCAUUGGAGGCCAAGGGUAAAGGCCUGAUCGGCGGUGGAAGCAAGGCUAACUACUUGCUUUCCAACAUGUGUCAGGUUCGUGCUCACGCUGCGAUGGAGACGAUGCGUAUCCAGAAGUCGAGAUCGCGCGCUUCCUUCUUCCACGGUGCAGAGGGCUCCUUGGCUAGUCAGAGCAUUGCAUCCAAGUCGACGAGGAGUAACUCGUUGGCUAGCUCGUCGGCAAGUAAGAGUAUCACAAGUAGGGGUACUAGUAUGAGUUCUAGAUCGGGUAAGGGUAGUAUUAAAAGUAACAGGUAUGAUGCUGAGGAGGGGUACAGGCCUUCGAAUGGCAAUGGAAGGGCCAGAGCUGAAUCGGGUAGGAGCCAGGCUACUGAUUACUCUUCCUCCAAGCGUCGCUGA